GUGUUGAGUUGUUGUUCGGUUUAAUAUUAUACCGUUCUGGUUAUAGAUUUCCAUGUGUAUGCUUUGUUAUCAUUUCAGAAGAAACCAGUGACUCCAAAGAGAUAUGGGAAAGCGGUGCUUUCAGCGGAAAGGUAACAUGUCUUCGCUUCUUCAUGUAGUAGGAAGAAGCAUGUCAGCAGCGAGGGUGUGGCGUCCGGUGUGCCCCAUCUUGCAGCGCCUCAGUCAACAACGAGCCACACCUCAUCUCAGUCCUUUUUCCUCAGCUAUGCCAUUGCAGAGCUCUCACCGCCAGCCCCACAUGAAUGAAGCGCAGGAGUUGAAGUGGCUUCACCCAGGCGAUGGCAGGGUAGAGGACAUGAUAGCCAUGAACAAACACGGCAUUUGGCGCCAGGGCGGAUAUUUUACCUUUCACUUGGAUCAACCAUUUGAGCCACAUCAGUAUCUUCAAGCUCUUACUCAUCUGCAUAAAAAGGUUCAGCUGUUGAGAACCUGUUUCCGCCCCCGUGACAAACAGUGGUGGCUGUGUGAGAUGCCAAUACCUUCCAUCGACUUCCAGGUUGUUGAAGGGUCAGAUCCAAGUAUGGAAACGCAGUCAUUGAUAAACAUGCCCACAAAUUUGACCGAUGGACCACUGUGGCGAGUUCGACUUCUAUCAUCUACCCCUGAAGCUCUUCCUCCUAGGCCAGAGAUAAACGAAAAAUUUCAAUAUCAGAACACAGUUCUAAUUGAUUUCCAACAUUCAGCCUUUGAUGGUGUUGAUAUCAUGAUGUUUAUUGUGUGGUUCCAUAAAGUCAUUGAUGACAUGCUCAGCGGAAAGCCCAUUGACGAUUCGCAAUUGGGUCAACUUGCAGACCACAGUCAGACAUCAGAAAUUACCCAACAAAUAAAAUUGGCUCUUGAAAAUGAUCCUGAACGGUUGAGUUCAUUACUUAAACUUAAAAAACAAGAGCCGGCCACUUCUGUCCUCAUUGAAGCUCUCGGAGCCCCAGAACCAUCUCAGGCACAGACAAAAUUCUUGGAAAAAGUUAUUCUGGAUGUCUCAGACGUCGAUAAGUUUCAUGCCAAGUGUCAGUCUGAAAAUAUAUCGUUCAAUGCUGGAUUUACGAGUGUAAUUAACACAGCUCUGGUUGAGGUAGUAAGGGAGGCCGGCUUGACACGAGACGCCUACAAUAUUAGGAGUCGUGUUCCCAUUGAUACGCGUCGUUACAUGAAAGGUUACUCCAAGACCUUCCCUAUGGGUUUCCAUGGUACUCCAAUGUAUCAAACCAUUUCAACACCUUACAAUGUUAAAGAUAAUUUCUGGAUGUAUGCAAAGCAGUAUGAUGUUCAGUUUCAUAAUAACUUGAAGAACAAAUUAUUUAUUGAAGAUAUGAUCAUUGAUAGAAUGCUUCGGCCAGCUGAUUUUUCUCCUGAGAAAUUCUUUGCAAAUCCACAACCUAUUACAAAUGACUACUUUUUUGUAAAUAUGUUUACACCUCUUUUAAGAUCAUACGGAGUAGGUAAACAUAUUGUGCUAACAGAUAUUAGAAAUAUUGCAAAUAUUCAGGGUAUUGACGUUCCGUUCUUGUGCAUAUUAAUGAAAAUACGUGAUGCGGUCCAAUUUGAUCUCCACUACUCAUCACGGGGAAUAACAAAAAGUACAGCACAAAAUAUUAUUGACAAAACUGUUUCAAUCUUCAGUGAAAUUUGUAAAAAUAUAUAAUGUUUAGAUGUCAGAUCAAGGAAUACCUUUAUUUGCAAGAAAUCAUAGAUGUCAAGAGUGGGUUUCUUUGCUGCUCAAAUAGAAAAAUUACAUUACAAUAUUUACUGUAACAUUUUGAUAUAUAUAUACGUAGUAUAUAUUGUUAUUUGCGGCGAGGCAGUGACCGACAGGUAAGGACGACAUGGCCUUCUCUGCCAAAGGACAGGAGGAUGGCAUGCAAGACACGGCGAGGUUAACG